GGGGCUCCUCCUCUGAGAGACGUUCCCCGACCCGCGCCGUAUGAGCCAGUUGCAUCUGCCCCCUCUCGAUCACCACCACGAGGUCCCGCUGCGUUGAGAGCUCCUCCAACUGGUCCUGCGGCGAACAGAAAUUUCACAGCACCAGUGUCGUCGCCAGCACAACCUCCUCCUGUGCGAACACAGACACCAACAGCCCCUCCCCUUCGCUCCGGCACAACAAGCCCGACUAUCCCGCCAGCAGGUCCACGAGGUUAUGUGCCUCCAGCCAGAGGCGGCUUUCCUCCACGUGGUGGACGAGGCGGGUGGAAUCAGACGCCAGCGCGACACAUGCCUGGACCCUCUCCCACACCUUCAACACCAAACGGCCCAUCUACGAUUCCUACUGGCCCACGGGCUACUCCUUCAAAUGCACCAUCAACCUCUACCCCAGUUCAGCCGCGACCAUUCAACCCUCCGACUGGACCAUCAGCUCAACAUGCUGGUGGUGCUCGACAAACUCUGGCGCAAUCUAUGCUGGCAACAUUGCCCCCAAUCAUCCCAGGCGGCAAGCUAGAUCCUUCCAUGACUCCCCUCGUUUUGGGCGUCACUCGGGAACUCGAGCCACACUACCGCAAACUUAAAGACGAGGAGGAGAAGCUGCGAGACGAGCUACAGGCCAAACAGGAGCGACUGCGUAAGAGCUUGUACACCUGGAACCGGCUUGAGCGUGACUCGAGAGCCUGGGAGAUGCGCAGUGACCUGAGUGAGAAGAGCAUGAAGAACAUGGCUGGCGAGGGCAUGGGCGGCGCGGCAUUCUAG